AUGCUAGCAACUCCAUUCUCAAGAAAGAAUCGCCCAACUUACGCCAGAAAUGAGACAACAUACACCGCAAAGGACCCAGCCAACCCAGCUCGCGCACGACACCCAGCUUCAAAAGCCCCCUUUCCCCCUCCGCGCCAUCGCCCUCACAGAAAUCAUAGCCGCCCUCGCCAACAAAACCUUCACAUCCGCAGACCUAGUAACAGCAUACACCUACCGCACCCACCAAGUCAAUCCAACAUUGGUUCCAUCAUCCAACUCUCCCCCACCGCCGCCUCCCGCGCCCACAUCCUCGACACCGAGCGUCUCCAACACGGUCCAAAGGGCCCCCUCCACGGUAGCCCCAUCCUCCUUAAAGACAACAUCCCCACGCUCGACGAUGCCACAGAUACAUGUGCGGGCUCGCUAGCGCUUGUAGGCGCGCGCCCAAGUCGCGAGGCCAGUGUUUUGGGCUCGUUGAAGCGCGCGGGUGCCGUGUUGCUCGGGAAAACGAAUAUGGCGGAGUGGAGUGGGUUUCGUAGUUCGGGUGGGUGUCCAGGGUGGAGUGCGAGAGGGGGGGCAGGGCGUGGGUUGCUUUGGUGGGAGGGAGGCUAA